AUGUCUGACGUUGAACAAGAACAAAUUGUUGAAGAAGUUGUUGUUGAAGAACAAACUGGUGCCAUCACCAUUGAAGAUGCUUUAAAAGUUGUUUUAAGAACUUCUUUAGUCCAUGAUGGUUUAGCUAGAGGUUUAAGAGAAGCUUCUAAAGCUUUAUCUAAAAGAGAAGCUCAAUUAUGUGUUUUAUGUGAUUCUGUUACUGAAGAAUCUAUUAUUAAAUUAGUUGAAGCUUUAUGUAAUGAACCAGAAGAAAAAAUCCCAUUAAUUAAAGUUUCUGAUGCUAAAUUAUUAGGUGAAUGGGCUGGUUUAUGUCAAUUAGAUAGAGAUGGUAAUGCUAGAAAAGUUGUUGGUGCCUCUUGUGUCGUUGUUAAAAACUGGGGUGCUGAUUCCGAUGAAAGAAACAUUUUAUUGGAACACUUUUCUCAACAAUAA